AUGAGCAACGCCAAUUCCCAUUCCGACAUUGCUUCAAUCGGUCCGCCACCGCCUUAUGGUGCUCAACUGCCACCGCCCGCAGCGUCAGCAGCAUAUUCUCAUCCGACGCAUCAAGCACACCCGAUGCCGCACCAGCUUCCGUGGUCAACACGAUAUCCACAUCCUCAACCACCACUCAGCGUUCCUCCGGAGGUCCAGGCAACCGGUAUCUACUCGUCUCCCAUGCCGCCGCCAUCAACCCACUUCCGGAAUCACAGCCAAGAUGGAUCAUCACUGCAGCAGAUGCUCGAGCACCCGUAUCAUUCAUCACAGCCACCACCACCACAUCAGCGACUACCAUCCAACUAUCCGCCGACUCCUCCGACACAAUCUCCGCAGCCUUAUGCUGAGCAACAAUACCACCAGCAAUCUUGUAUGAUGCAGCCUCCACCUCAACAGCAACAAAUCCGCUUCAUCGGUCCCUCCGCCAAAUCUUUGCUCUCGAGCAGUAAAGCCAGCAUCUCCUACCUGCCAUCGACUGGACCAAAUGCACAGCCACAACCGUCCUUCGACCUCAAAACCUCCAAGCACACCAAACCGCACAUCACCCUAACUCGCAUUCGCGCUGACGGUGCCUCCGACCAAGCCCUCGCCACUGCAUCAUGGUCGUCCCUCUCCGGUAGCAUGACGUUACAGCUCUGGCCGGCCACUGCGCAGGCGACAGAGCUCAAGCUCUCGACCGAUUGGAACAGUUUGCUGGGUGACAGACGCAUUGAGGGAGUUCUCCCUUGGCACAAUGGACAGGGCCAAAUGAGAUGGGCAGUGGAGGAGAACAGCAUUGGAGUACAUUUGCUGAAAGGAGGUGGUGGAAGCAUUAUGGCCAAGUGGGAUGCGAGCGGAUCUGCAAGUACAAGUGACAGUCAGGCAGUCGGUGGAAGUGAAGGGCAUGGUCGCAGUGGAAGCGGGAGCGGAAUCGGAAUGAGCUCGCUCGGUUUGGGCGAUGGCAGCUCACGCGGUCUGAGGGAGAGCUUGGGCCUUACCUCGUCAGCAUUAUUAGGCACAUCGACCUACUCAGGUAGCAAUGGUGGUGGUGGCAGUGGCGGAUGGAAGGCACAGCUUGGCAUGGCGGAUCCGGUCCUGACAAUAUUGGGAGCGCCACCAGGCGUGAGCAUCAACGAUCAACGAUGGAUAGAAUUCGUGGUUGCGAGUGGCGUUUGCGUGCUGAAAAGGGAGGAGAAGGAUGUCAAGGAUGUACUCAAGGUCUUGGGCAAGAUCAACUACAGAACAACGACCGACCUCAGGCCCAUCAACGUCCCAUUCCAUCCCUCUCCCUCGGUGCAGAGAAAGACCACAACCACAACGACCACCCCACUCCACCUCAACUUCACAUACAUACUCGCAACCCUUCUACCACCUCCCUCUCCAACCUUCACCAUGCUCUUCUUCUCCUUCUUCAAAACCCUAACAAACACGACCCUCACCGUCGAGCUCAAAAACGACAUCUCCAUCCGCGGCACCCUCAAGUCCGUCGACCAGUACCUCAACAUCAAACUCGACGACAUCGUCGUGCUGGACGAACUCAAAUACCCGCACUUGUCGAGUGUGAAGAAUAUUUUCAUACGAGGCAGUGUGGUGCGUUACGUGCAUCUACCCGUGGACAAGGUCGAUCGGGGGCUGUUGGAGGACGCGACGAGGCGGGAGGCUGAGAAUGCGGCGCGGGGGAAGGCUUGA